CCAUCCCGAUUUGGCGUUUAGUGGCUGUAAACGGCGGAGGGAGUGUCUCCCCGUCCCUGUCGCCUGGGCUCGGUCUCAUCCAGUCUUAGGGAAGCGAAGCAGCCGGAGGCCACCAACUUUUUUCUGCUUCAAUAGUUCACCCCCACCCAUCCAUUCCGUCCGUUCUUCCCUCCCAAAGUUAGUAAUGAGGGCUGCCUGGGACAAGCUGAAGAUGGGAUUUUCCUCCACCGGGCAUGCCCAGCUGCUGUUCUUGCUGAGUUGUUGCCCGACGGCUUGCCGCCCUUACAAUCUAGAUACUCAGAGCCCCCUGGUCUUCAAAGGGCUCAAUGGGACGUUGUUCGGCUAUUCGGUGCUGCUGCACAGCUUUGGCACCAGCCGGUGGCUUAUAGCUGGAGCCCCUAAAGCCAACUGGCCCAGUAAUAGCUCGGUGGUGAAUCCAGGGGCAAUAUUCAGAUGCCAAAUUGGAAAUAAUCCUAAAAGAGAUUGUGAGAUUCUCCAAGUGGGUGAUCCAAAAGGGGAACGGUGUGGAAAAACCUGUGCCGAAGAAAGAGACAAUCAGUGGUUGGGGGUGAGCCUAGCAAGGCAGCCAGGAGAAAAUGGAUCUGUUGUUGUCUGUGGACAUAGAUGGAAAAAUAUAUACUAUAUUUCAGAGCACAAACUUCCACAUGGCAUUUGUUACGAGAUACCUCCCAAUUUUCGAACAUUGUUAAGUCAAAGAAUAUGUCCUUGCUACAAGGAUUUUUGGAGAAAAUAUGGAGAUAAAUAUGGGUCUUGUCAAGCUGGGAUAUCAACAUUUUACACUGAGGAUUUAAUUAUCAUGGGAGCCCCAGGAUCAGAUUAUUGGGCUGGUUCCAUCUUUGUAUACAAUAAAACAGCAAACAUAUUUAUUUCAUAUCUGGAUGUGAGUCAUCAAAUAAAGUAUGGAAGUUAUUUAGGUUAUUCUGUUGGAGCAGGUCACUUCCUUUCUGCAAGUAGCUCAGAAGUAAUUGGAGGUGCUCCCCAGCAGGACCAGACUGGUAAAGUUUACAUUUUUAAAAUUGAACCCAAACAACUAUCAAUUUUAAGCGAAUUGAGGGGUAAAAAGUUUGGUUCUUACUUCGGAGCUACUAUUUGUGCGGCGGAUCUUAAUGGGGAUGGCCUUUCAGAUUUAUUAGUUGGAGCGCCCAUGGAGAGUAAAGUCAGAGAAGAAGGAAGGGUUUAUGUUUACCUCAACACAGGUUCUGGAGCAAAGAUGAUGGAGCUGCUGACAGCAUUAGCUGGAAGUGAUUUGUAUGCAGCAAGGUUUGGCGAUUCCAUUGCCAGUUUAGGAGACAUUGAUAAUGAUGGCUUUGAAGAUAUAGCUAUUGGGGCUCCACAAGAAAAUGAUUUAGAAGGCUCAGUUUACAUAUACAAUGGCAGAGAAGAUGGAAUAUCACCAACAUUUUCACAAAGAAUUCAAGGACAUCAAAUCAGCAACAGUUUACGCAUGUUUGGUCAAUCCAUAUCUGGGAAAAUUGAUGUAGACAGCAAUGGGUAUUCAGAUGUAGCAGUUGGUGCUUUUUUGUCAGAUUCUGCUGUAUUACUGAGGACAAGAGCAGUAAUUAUCGUGGAAGCAUCCUUAAAGCACCCCAACUCUGUAAACCGCACCAUAUUGGACUGUGUGAGAAAUGGACAACCAGCUGUGUGUGUUAAUCUAAUGCUUUGUUUUAACUAUACUAGCCAAACCAUCCCAGGUUACAUAGUAUUGCUUUAUAAUCUAAGCCUGGAUAUUAAUAGAAGGCCAGAUACUGCAGCAAGAUUUUAUUUUUCCUCUAAUGGAACCUCUGAGGCCACCUCUGGAAGUGUCCGGAUCUAUAGCAACAACAAUUUUAUAUGCAGAACCCAUCAGGCAUUCAUGAGGAAAGAUGUAAGGGAUAUUCAAACUCCUAUACGGGUUGAGGCUACCUAUCACCUGGGACACCACGUUUUGAAGAAGAGAAAUGCGGACGAACUCCAUUCACUUCAGCCAGUACUUCAGCAACGGAAAGAAGAUAAUAUUGUGCACAGCAAGUUUGUUUUUGCAAGAUUUUGUACUCAAGAAAAUUGUUCUGCAAACCUUCAAGUUUCUGGAAAACUUACAUUUCCAAAGCCUUAUGAAAAGAAGCCUUACCUUUCAGUGGGAAAUGUGAAACAGUUGACAUUGAGUAUCACCUUGUACAAUGCUGGUGAUGAUGCUUAUCAGACCAGCCUUCAUAUCCAGCUGCCUAAAGGUCUCUAUUUCACUAAACUUGUAGCACAGGAAGAAACACAGAUACAUUUUCAAAUAUCAGAAAAGGAAAGUCAUGGAGUGACAAUUAACUGUAAUAUUGGAUAUAUGUAUGUUGAUCAUCUUUCAAAGGUGGACAUUAGCUUUGUGUUGGAUUCAAGUUCACUCAGCAGAGCAGAAGAUGACUUACACAUCAGCAUUAAUGCAACUUGUGAAAACGAAUUAGACCAUGAUCUGCUGUCCGAUAACAGUGUAGUGUUAGCUUUGGCUCAGAAACAUGAAGUUGAACUGAACAUUCAUGGGUCUGUGUCUCCAGCAUCAUUUAUUUAUGGACCCACCGAAGAAAAAUUACCAGUUUCUUGCAUGAAGGAGACAAUCAACAUCACUUUCUAUGUCAGUAAUCCUGGAGUGAGUCUGGCUCCCGAUGUAAAUCUGCUGAUACAGAUACCCAAUUCUUUUCUACCAAGAGAUGACAGACUGUUUAAUAUACUGGAUGUCAAGACCACUGAUGGACAAUGUACCUAUGAAAGUCAUAGGAGAGACUGUAUUUUACCAGAAGAACAGGGAAAUAUGGUGCAAGAUCUUAUUAUAUUCCUCACAAAACUUGACAAUAGACCACUGUUUUGUAUGAAGAAUGAUCCACUAUGUUGGCAAAUAUUUUGCAAAUUUGGAGACAUGGAGAGUGGAAAGGAAUCAACUGUUCAUGUUCAUCUUGAAGCAACACCUUCACUAUUAAGCAUAGAUGAAGCUUCAGUGCUUACCUUUCAAAUAAAAGGAGAAGUUUCAGCAAAUCAAAAUCCCAGAGUUAUUGAACUCCACAAAAAUAAGCAAACCACUUAUGUCAUUUUGGAGGGACGUCAUAACCAAAAGACAAAACAUAGUGUCAGUGUGCUGCUUAUUUCAAUAGGUUCCCUAUUUGGAAUUGCUUUGCUUUUGCUUCUUAUAUUAGUUUUAUGGAAGGUGGGAUUCUUCAAAAGAAAAUACAAACAUUUUCCUGAAGAAAAAAAUGGAAGUGAAAGUUUGGAGUUUUUUAAACAUAUUAACAAUGAUACCUCAGAGUAGCAAGUUUGGUAGAAGUUAAGAAUUCUCUGCUACAAGAACCAUUAAAUCUUAAGGUUCCAUAUCAUAUGUGAAAGGAAUAGUCAUCAAAAUGGGCUUCCGAAAGCACAAAUCAUAGAAAACUCUGAAGGAUAAAGAUAUUCAAGACUUCUAAUCAAAAGGAAGGAAAAACUCAAAAUGCAAGAACAAGGAAACACUAGGAAUUGCUCCUUGGUUUUUAAAAAAGUACUUGAGAAGGAGCAUUGUACUAAUCAUACUUGAAUCGCGAAUGUAUAACCUCGCUUCCCAAGACAUUCCAAUGUACAGGAGGAUGCUACAUUAGCCAGUUUUAGUCUCCACACAAUGUAGAGCCGUGUUCUCCCCUUCUAGUUCCUAAAAUGAAACCAGUGACAUCAUUUUUUUAGAUUUGCAAAUUUAGUGGAUGCUGACAAUUUUUAUUCUACUGUCUCCAUCUUGCUCUGGAAAUACUGGGAACCUCCAGGUAAGAACUAUGCUUAUAUGUAGGACCUCUUCAAUGAAAGAAGGGAGCCAUUUUUUUUUAUUUUUUUUUACGGAAGGGGAACAACAUGCAAUCUUGGAUAUCCCCUCCAUUGUAUCUGUUCAGACUUACCAUGCAACUUACAAACCUGGAAUAUUGGCAUUCUCUAUCAGUAGGGACCCUGCUGAUAGAGGGUCUUACUGGCAGAGAAUGAGGGGUCAGUGGUGAGCAAGAAACUAACCUGGUUUGUGAGCUCUUCUUCUGUGUAUUGAACUGAAAAACCAAAUGACAGAAUAGAGCUUUUGGAUCAAGGUCUAUAUGAGAUUUUUCUUGUGCGACUCUCAGCCAUGUUUUGAGGGUUCUACCUGGCUGAGUUGGAGAAGUCCUCCCAUUGUGUAAAAUCAGGGAAAUGGCAGUUACCACUCUUCCUCUUAUGCAAUCAUUUUAUUUAUUUUUGUAUUUUAAAGAAAUAAAGAGAGACAAUCUUUUCCUAAUUUUUACAUAAAUGUAUUUUUUGUACACCUUAUACUGGUUAAGAAUGUUUAGCAUAAGACUUGAGAUGGUGAAGUAGUGCACUUUAACCCCAAGGUGAUGAUUUGAACAAAACAGUCUAUGACAUCAGUUGUACCUCGAAAGCAUUAAAGACUUAAAAGAUUUAAAAGAACAAUCUGUUCUAUCACUGUAUAACCCUACACUGUAAAAAUGAAUGAUCACCAACAUUGAACUAAUAAAGUAUUAAAUAAAAUGGAA